AUGGGACAAAGGCUGGCACCCACUCUCGCCAUUGUUUUCAUGGCCAAGAUCGAAAAGCCUAUAAUAGACCGCAAACCACUGCUGUAUUAUCGUUACAUAGAUGAUUGCUGCGUCGUCUGCUCAACCCAAGCAGAACUAGACGCGUGCUUCAAUCUUCUCAAUCAGCAGUGUCCGCACAUUAAGUUCACAAGGGAGAGACCUAUAGACAACUGGUUGGCUUUCUUGAAUGUGCACAUUUACUUGCGGAAUGAAAUGACAGCGGCAAGAGUCUCGUCGAGUAGCCAGGAAAAAACAUGGUCCAUAAAUGUGGCCCAUAAAGUAUCAAUGUCCAAUGGGUACCUAGCUGGAGAUGGUGCUACCCGACGAGCACGGUAUCCCUCUCGAAGACCCAACGUAGUGGAUGGCCCAGAGAAGAUCCCUUUCUGUUUACCUUAUAUAUCUGAUGAUAUGAGCAGAGCAGUACGGGGCUGUCUACGAAAAGCGGGUCUAAGGAAUGACGUGAGAGUUGUGGAAAUACCUCCAGCAAACCUCAAAGCUGAUGAUCCUGAAUUGGACGUGUUUUACGAGGAGCUGGAGGAACUAAUCCGCAACGAGAAGUCCUUCUACAAAUUCGUUGUCGGAGAGAUCUGCUAUCGGCAACGAAGGAGAAAAGAAGUCGUCUACGACGAUUGCGUACUCGAGGACUCCUUGUCCCAAUGUGACUGGCACAUCGAGGAGGACCCAAACGUGGACUACGAGAUGCUGCUCAGAGGAUUACGAGCCUGUGCUGAGCGUGCCUCGAAGCCGCGCACGACAAACUUGGAUCAAAUUUCGAAAACCACCAAGGAAUUGUUGGAAAGAAGAAGGGCUUUGAGGCUUGAUCCGAAUGCAUCGCACAUUGAGCGGGAUCUCCGUGAAUAUAAUAUUCCGCUAGCAGCCUUGCUGAGCGAAGACGGGGCUCGCACGUCUUCUCAUCGUCGGGAACUGAACAUGAUGAACGACCUGACCCCCGAGCUGGGCAGGAGGAGAAGAGCGGCUUGGGGAGCGUACAAGAGCAUCGAGGAUGUAGUGAAGAAGACCAGGAACACCCGGCUCCGUGCUCACCUCUUCAAUACCACCGUACUUCCUGCUUUGACCUAUGCUUCGGAAACCUGGGCAUUUCGCAAGGAGGAAGAAAACGCGGAAUGGUUGGCUUCAAAGGAAAGCGAAGCUUGUUAUGAGCUCAUAAGGCGAUUGUAUGUUACCAAUAGCAGUAAGGGUAAUGUCAGCACACUUAUUUCCGUCAACAUGCUAAGGGAGAUUGAGAUAAAAUCGACUCACAGGAACAGAAGCAGCGCUAUGAGAACACCAAACGUGUCCAGAAACAAUGCCGUUGCUCCGCUCACGUAG